AUGUCGUACGGAGGCGGAUAUGUUGGCACCACGGAGGACAAGCGCCGCAUAGAGCGGCAACUCAAGGAGCGGGACGAGCAACACAAGCAGUAUGAGGAGGCCAAGAAGAAGGCGCAGCAGGGGCAUGGGCUUCGGCAGUUUGGCACCGCCAGCUCAGAGGCCAUCGAGCACGCAUUCAAGAACGAGACGGUGGGCUUGGUGACGCGGGAGCAGUUUGUGGAGAAGCGGCUGACCAUCGAGGAGCGACUCAAGGAGGAGGAGAAGCGGCAGCGGCAUGAGGCAGAGGAGGAGGCGCUGCGGGAGAAGGAGCGCCAGCGAGCCAAGAAGGCCAAGACGGAGCAGAAACACAAGCUGUCAUUUGAUGACUUCCUUGAAGAGAAUGAGGACGAGGGGCAAGCUGAGGCGGCAACCCAGCGGCAACAGUGCGCGCAGCCACCUAGCAACGGCGGCAGUGCCGAGGAUGCCGAGGGUGGCAAUGGCGCCAGCGGCAGCGGUGCAGGCCCACGGCUGCUGUAUGCCAAGCUGGGCAAGGAUCCCACCGUGCGCACCGACUUCCUGCCGGACAAGGACCGGGAGCGGGAGGAGCAGGAGUUGCGCGAGAAGCUCAAGGCCGAGUAUGCACUGCGGCAGGCAGCCAUCAAAGCGGAGCCGCUAGAGAUCAUCUACAGCUACUACAACGGCACUGGCCAUCGGCGUGCUGUGACAGUUCGCAAGGGCGAUAACGUGGGCCAGUUCCUCAAGGCUGUGGUGGAACAGCUCACGCCGCAGUUCAGGGAGAUCCGGACUACGAGCGUGGGCAACCUGAUGUAUGUCAAAGAGGACAUCAUCCUGCCCCACACUGUCACCUUUUACGACCUAAUCGUCAACAAGGCCAUGGGCAAGAGUGGGCCGCUGUUCCAGUUCGACCUGCACGAACAUGCUGUGGCCUCGUUUGACCCGCGUGUGAAGAGCCAGGACUCGCACGCAGGCAAGGUUGUCGACCGCCACUGGUACAAUAAGAACAAGCACAUCUACCCAGCCUCGCGAUGGGCGCCGUUUGACGACGCGCGACAGUUUAAGGGGGAGCAGGCUGAAGGGGAGGGCGAUGGCACAGACAAGUGAUGUUGCUAGCUGCCGGGUGGAUCGCAGGCUUUAUCACUCGAGAUAUUGUACCAUUGACCCCUUUUGGUGUAGCCGCCGCCGCCUACCGUGACCCGCUUGUCACCGACGGCACAUC